AUGUUUCAAGCCCGUUUCAAGUCAACAUCGCGAGCUCUCCUCAACUCGCAGCGCUCUCCAAGAUUUAGCCUCAAUCUACGACACUUCUGUGCUUCUCCAUCUCAUUCCCAGCGCCUCCCAGUUCAGAUCUCAGGCCAAGGAAGCGGCACCAUCCAAACCAUCUCUGUCAAAGACAAGCCGUACAAAUUCUCAACCGACGCCCCCAAGGUCAUCGGCGGUCAGGAAUCACACCCCUCACCUAUCGCCUACACCCUCGCUAGCCUCAGCUCGUGCAACCAGGUCACAGGCGCACUUGUAGCCAAGGAUCACGGGCUCACGCUGGGCAAAUGGCGCGUCCUGGUCGAGGGCCAACUACCCACUGCGGUGUUCGUUGCAGGUGAGCAGGGUAACCCGAAUUGGGAGAGCGUGGACUUGGAGGUGUUUGUACAGACUAGUGCAGGCGAUGCUGCGUUCGAACAUUUUGUUGCCGAGGUUGAACGACGAUGCCCUAUCGCGCAGCUUUUUAAACGCAGUGGUGUGGCGUAUAAGAGCACGUGGAUUAACGAGCCGCUAUGA